AUGACGGUCGGAAGCUGCGAGACCAACGAGGCCUACAAGCAAACGAUGCACGAGUUCGCGGGCUUCGCGCAGGAUUUGUAUAAGAAGGCCUCAGCGCUCGACAGCAAAGUGCGGCGGUGGCAGAACACCCCGGAGGAGGCGUUGGAAAUCACGUCCCGGCACCGUGAUAUAGCCACUGCACUUCAAGCAGCCUCGCAGGGUUUCCAGCUGUCAGCUAAGAAGCCGCCCAGCGUGGACAAGAUGCAGCAAGCCUUCGACAAUUUGCUGCAAGCCGGCCUGGAGGCUGAAUUGACGCAAAUGUUGCUGUUGCAAUCGAUCGAUUGGUGA